AUGUUGAAGGCAGUGAAACCCAAGAAUGCCCGCGCCGCGCGCGCCAUGAAGGCCCGUGAGCCCCAGCAGACGGAGAACCCCAAGACGACGCUCUUCGUGACGGGCCAGAAGACGUCGCAAAUCCUCAAGCUCGCCGUCGCCGACCUCGCCACGCUCAAGCGGCCCUUUGUCGAGCGCUUCACCAAGAAGAACGACAUCCACCCCUUCGACGACGCCUCCUCGCUCGAGUUCUUCUCCCUCAAGAACGACACCUCCCUGCUCGCCCUCUCCCUGCACUCCAAGAAGCGCCCGCACUGCCUCACUCUGGUCCGCACCUUCGACCACAAGCUGCUCGACAUGCUGGAGCUGUACAUCAACCCAGACACCUUCCGCACCCUGCAGCAGUUCAAGAACAAGAAGCCGAGCAUCGGCCUCAAGCCCCUCAUCUCCUUCCACGGCACCGUCUUCGAGGACCCCAACGAGACAAAGUACACCCUCGCCAAGAGCCUCCUCGUUGACCUCUUCCGCGGCCAAGACACCGACGAAGUCGACGUCGAGGGUCUGCAGUACCUCAUCAGCGUCAGCGCCGAAGAGCCCACAGACGCGCAACCUACCCCCGAGAUCAAGCUGCGCUUCUACCUGAUCAAGACCAAGCGCUCAGGGCAGAAGCUGCCGCGUGUCGAGGUCGAGGAGAUGGGCCCGCGCAUCGAUUUCGCCCUCGGCCGCGAGCAGUUCCCAGACGCCGAUAUGCUCAAGGAGGCUAUGAGGAAGCCCAAGGGUAUGGAGGCCAGGACCAAGAAGAACAUCACCACCGACGGCAUGGGUGAUAAGGUGGCCAAGAUCCAUCCCGGCAAGCAGGACUUCAACACCCUGCAGACGAGGAAGAUGAAGGGUCUCAAGCGAAGUCGCGACGACGACAUCGAGGGCGAUGCGCACAUGGCCGAGGCCGAGGCCGAGGCCGACUCCGAGGACGACCAAGAUGAGACUACCGCGAAAAAGGCGAGGGUCUAA